AUGGGAGUCAAAACUCGACGCUCGAAGUCGCCGACCCGUGACAAGCUGUCAGUCUCGACGAGCGGCCGUGCCAACGGCUCUGCGAAGAACGGCAGCAUGGACGGUGAAUAUCGGCGGAAGAACACUCCUCUCAAGCCAGAUUCGGCCAAGGUCACUGGGAAUCUGAUGGAGCGGGAGUUCUUCUCUCUAGACGACCAUGUCCCAAAGACGCCAACAGUCAAUAAUCAUGGAUUUUGGGAGCUUCCCAUACAAGACCAGAGGAACUUUGGGCUGCUCGUGUUGCUGUACUUUCUCCAGGGCAUCCCCAUGGGCUUGGCCAUUGGGUCCGUACCUUUCCUUCUGAAGGAGCACCUCUCCUACAGUCAAAUUGGUGUUUUUACUUUGGCUGGAUAUCCCUACUCUCUGAAGCUGUUAUGGAGUCCGAUUGUCGACGCCAUGUGGAGUCCAAAGGUGGGAAGGAGAAAGAGCUGGAUUCUUCCUAUCCAACUUGUGUCAGGGCUGGGCAUGCUGGUACUGGGCUCCUACAUUGAGGACCUCAUGGCUACCACGGGCAAGCCAGGUGGACCGACAGUAUGGAACUUCACCGGAUGGUGGUUCUUCCUCGUCUUCACGUGCGCUACCCAAGAUAUUGCCGUGGACGGCUGGGCUUUGACGCUUCUUACCCCUGGCAAUGUCUCAUACGCUUCUACGGCCCAAACCGUUGGUCUUACUGCCGGACAAUUCAUGUCGUACACUGUCUUCCUAGCCUUCAACUCAAAGGACUUCGCGAAUCGAUGGUUCAGGUCCGAAGCGCUGGAAAGUGGGUUGAUGAGCUUGGGCGGAUACCUGACUUUCUGGGGUUGGGCUUACAUUGUCGUGACGAUUGGCCUUGCUGUGAUCAAGAAAGAGGAGAAGACGCGCAACGAAGACGGUAUCUGGGAUGUUUACAAGAUCAUGUGGGGAGUGUUGAAGCUCAAGAAUAUCCAGACCAUCAUCAUCGUCCACCUCAUUUCGAAGAUUGGCUUCCAGGCCAAUGACGGUGUCACCAACCUAAAGCUCUUGGAUAAGGGAUUUGGCAAGGAGAACAUGGCCCUGACCGUAUUGAUCGACUUCCCCUUUGAGAUUGGACUGGGCUACUACGCGGGCAAGUGGUCUCAGGAGUACACUCCGAUGCGUCUCUGGUGCUGGGGCUUCAUGGGUCGUUUGGCUGCCGCAGUCGUUGCUCAAGUCACUGUGAGCAUCUUCCCGGCCGGAGGGGUCACGCUUUGGUACAUGCUCGUGGUGAUUGCCGAGCACCUCUUCUCAACAUUCACCAACACCAUCAUGUUUGUCGCCAUUUCGGCUUUCCACGCCAGGGUAGCCGAUCCCGUGAUCGGUGGGACUUACAUGACCCUGCUUGCAACGGUAAGCAACCUCGGAGGUACAUUCCCCAGGUUCUUUGUUCUUCGGCUGGUCGACUACUUCACCCAAGCCACGUGCCACCCUCCCGCCGGGAACGUCGAUUCCUCGUUGCUUAAGGGACCACUGGUGACGACACCGUACUCUUGCGCCAUUCAAGUCGAUAAGGAGAGAUGCCUAAAUGGAGGGGGUACAUGUGAGGUUAUCCACGACGGAUACUACAUCGUCAAUGUUUUCUGUGUCAUCGUCGGCUUGCUGACAUUCACGAUGUACAUCCGACCCAAGGUAUUGCAUCUGCAAAGCCUGCCAUUAAAGGCGUGGAGGUUGGCAGGUUCAAGGUAA